UCCCGGAGCCGCCCCAUGGCCAGCCCUCCCCCCGCCGCCGCAGCCCUCGCCCGCCAGGACUGCAAUAAUGGAUGCUCCGCGGAAUGUACCGGAGAAGGAGGAUCAAAAGAGGUGGUGGAGACUUUUAAGGCUAAAGAUCUAAUAAUCACACCAGCCACCGUUUUAAAGGAAAAACCAGACCCCAAUACUCUGGUUUUUGGAACGGUUUUUACGGAUCACAUGUUAACAGUGGAGUGGUCCUCGGAGUUUGGAUGGGAGAAACCACACAUCAAGCCUCUUCAAAACCUGUCAUUGCAUCCAGGUUCGUCGGCUUUCCACUAUGCGGUGGAAUUAUUUGAAGGAUUGAAGGCAUUUCGGGGAGUAGAUAAUAAAAUUCGUCUGUUUCGGCCAAGCCUCAACAUGGAUAGAAUGUACCGGUCUGCUAUGAGGGCCACUUUGCCGGCAUUUGACAAGGAAGAGCUUUUAGAGUGUAUUCAGCAGCUUGUGAAAUUGGAUCAGGAGUGGGUCCCCUACUCAACAUCUGCAAGUCUGUAUAUUCGUCCUACAUUCAUUGGAACUGAGCCUUCUCUGGGAGUCAAGAAGCCUACUAAAGCCCUGCUCUUUGUAAUCUUGAGCCCAGUGGGACCUUAUUUUUCAAGUGGGAGCUUUAAUCCAGUGUCCCUGUGGGCCAAUCCGAAGUACGUAAGAGCCUGGAAAGGUGGGACCGGGGACUGCAAGAUGGGAGGGAAUUACGGCUCAUCUCUCUUUGCCCAAUGUGAAGCAAUGGAUAACGCGUGUCAGCAGGUUCUGUGGCUCUAUGGAGAGGAUCAUCAGAUAACUGAAGUUGGAACAAUGAAUCUUUUUCUUUACUGGAUAAAUGAAGAUGGAGAGGAAGAACUGGCAACUCCUCCGCUAGAUGGCAUCAUUCUUCCAGGAGUGACAAGGCAGAGCAUCCUGGACCUGGCACACAAGUGGGGAGAAUUUAAGGUGUCAGAGAGGUACCUCACCAUGGACGACCUGAACACAGCCGUGGAGGAGAACCGCGUGAGGGAGAUGUUUGGUUCUGGUACCGCCUGUGUUGUUUGCCCAGUUUCGAAUAUACUGUACAAGGGUGAGACUAUACACAUCCCAACUAUGGAGAAUGGGCCUAAGCUUGCAAGCCGCAUCUUGGACAAAUUGACUGAUAUUCAGGUCCUCCUGGGGAUUCUGAUGCACGCUAGACAAAGUUUGAGAACCAGUGAUCUGCUAGUGUUGGAGGGCCUCCUGAAGAGGUGGGGGUGGCUGUACCUCACCGUGGGGACAAGGACACUGGUUGCAGAAGUUCUGGGAAGUACUCCUUGGCGUGAGCCCUCCCGGAGUCCACCAUUAGCCGCACCAAGGAGCCUCGAUUCUCCUGUGACUUUGACCUUCACACUGGUCUUCGGUCCACAAUGCAAGCCACAGGUGCUGGGACGGAUUGCCCUGUGA